UUCUCUCCUUUCCCUUAUCGUCUGUCAUUGUUCAAAAAGUUGAAUGCAAUUACUCUCUGUCCCUUCUGUGCCACUCAUCUCUCUCUUCUUUAAAGGUCCAAAUUUCCAAGCAAAACCCAUCUAAAAAAUUGGAGACAUGCAUCAGACAAGCAGAAAACAACGGAAAGAACAAAACAAAGAUCUCUCUUAAUUCUCUCUAGUCUCCAAUGUUGCUUUGAGGUAUUUUAGUUCAGCCCACUCACUGCCUACACUAGUUGCUUGAGAUAGAUAAUACAUCAUCCUUGUGGAUUGCUCUACCUAAUAAUUCUUUGCCCCUUUUUCCUGGUUCCAGCUAGAGGGAACAGUGAGGGGUGAAUGAUGCUUGCAAAGCAAAGCUCAAGUCAGGUUCCCUCUGCUACACUUUUCUGUAGAAUUGUGUUCUUUGUGAUGGUCUGGGAAGAUAAGUUGGGAAGGAGCUUAGUUGGUUUGGAAUGAUUGGAAUGAUAAGGAGAGGAGAGAGAGAGGGAACACAUAGUAGGAGCGAGAGUGAAAGGUCUAAUGGAGUGGAACUUACAGCCAUCCACUUGGGAUUUAACUGAAUUGAAUCAAGAAAAGGAUCCCUAUAUGCCCACCACGGUUGGUUCUGGUACCUUAUUAGGGCAGAAGACUAAAGAAAAUUUUUCAGUUGAUUUGAAGCUUGGAAGAUUGGGGGAUUUGGGAGACGGGUCCACAGAUAAAUUCAAGGACUCUAAGUCCUUGAGGGUUUCAUCACCUUCAGGGUCAUCAAGGAGGGCUAGAGCUCUAAAUGGAACUCAGAAUGUGUCAUGCUUAGUUGAUGGGUGCACUUCAGACCUACGUAAUUGCAGGGAGUAUCAUCGACGCCAUAGGGUAUGUGAGCGUCAUUCUAAAACCCCAGUUGUCAUCAUUGGCGGUCAAGAAAAACGUUUCUGCCAGCAAUGCAGCAGAUUCCAUUCCUUGGGGGAGUUUGAUGAGGUAAAGAGAAGCUGCAGGAAACGCCUUGAUGGACACAACCGGCGCCGAAGAAAAACUCAGCCAGAAUCCUUUUACUUGGGAUCUGGAAACUUUCUCUCCAAUCACCAAGGUACAGGAUUCUUGCAAUUUGGAAGUUCGCAGAUGCUUACAACCUCUACUGCCAGCAGUCCCACAUGGCCCCGGAUUGCUAGAAGUGAGGAAGAAGCAAUGUUUUACAAUCAUUGCCAACAGUUGCAUGUCGGCCCAAUUCCUUUUCCAAAUUCAAUGUACAACAGAGGAGGAGAUAAAAAAUUCCCCUUCUUGCAGCACGUAGCCCCUGAAGUUCCCAACUUCCAUCCAGUUCGUGUCCAAUCAAAAAAUGGUAGGGCCUGCCAUGAAUUAACUCGACCAGCUUCCUCAGACUGUGCUUUCUCUCUUCUGUCAUUGCCAGCAACACAAUUCUCAGGGAUCAGUUUAGCUCAGUUGCUGCAUACCAAUGCUACCCCUCCAGUUCAGACUAUCAGCUCAGGCCCACAUUGGUUCAAUAAUUUAGCUCAGCACUCAUGCUCACAGGUUAUAGAGAGCGUGCCAAUCAGUCCAGUUUUGGUUCCUGUUGACACCACCAAGGCGAACAACCAUUGCAACACAAUGUUUCAUAUGGGAUCAAGUGGGUUGUCAGAAAAUGAGCCCUCAUGAAGGCAACCAUUUUCUUGGCUCCUCAGGUUAAGUUGUGGAAUCUUCCCAUGUUCCUGAAGCUGUUGAAAGAACUUUCUUGGGACGGGUCUAACCAUAGAGAGCUCCUGCUGUCCUCCCUUGUUGAAUGCUGACGAGUAUUCUUAACAUCUUGAUUGAUUUCCUUUUAUCCUUUGUUGGAAUAAACAUUGAUUGUUAAGAUGUUUUCACCAUGUUUCCAUUCAAAAGAGAAAGAGAGGAUCAUAUGAUUGAUGGGAGGCAACGGCAUCCUUUAAGGUUGAUGAAACUCAACUGCAAUCCAUUCAACACAUUGCUGUUGAGUAGUCUUUUAAUCAUAGCAUUUGCCUGGUUUCCUGCUUGAAUCUGAA